AUGCUGGAGCUGCGUCCGCUGGGGUCACACCCCGUCCUCGGCGACGGCGGCGGCAUGUUCUCCGUCCCGAGCUUCCCGUCGGACGCGCACCCGGACCCCGAGCUGGGCGACGACAGCCCCGCGAUCCUGCGCCCGUCGUCCGUCGCGAUGCUGCGUGGCCAGCGCGUCUCCGAGGACGUCGGCCAGCCCUCGUGGUACGACGAGGAGGCCACGACCAAGCGCCUGAGCUGGUGCCAAGUGCUCCGCCUCUGCUUCGACUCGCUGCUGCUGUUGGCUGUCGCCGCGGGCAUCGUGCUGGCCGCCUACGUGCCCGUGGACAUUGAGCACGGCGUGCGUCAUGGCGGAGCGCUGCCCUACGUCUACGCGGUGUUCGUGGCUGUCGCUGGAUACGAGUUCGCGUGGCUGGCGUACCGCGUGAGGCUCAAGCUCUUUAUGCCGUUCAAGCUGUACGAGAAGCAGACGUCGAGGGAAAUGUACAGACAGAUCAUCGCCUACGCGGUGGACGAGGAGACGUGCGCAGUCACGGCGAUCGCUGAGAGGAUGUGCUGCGGCAGUGCGGGAUUCGCAGCUUUUGUUGUGUCGACGCUGACUGCCGGGGCCGCGGUGGGGCUCUGCUUCGUGCCAGGCAUUACACAGAUGCCCAUGAUUUACGUUGGAGUGAGCACUUUUGUCGGCACAUUCUCGGCGCUGUUGGCUCCGAACGUCCCGACGGCGGUGUGCGUGUUGACCCGGUACGCGUACUUCUUCCUGUCUGGCAACGGAAGUGGCUCGACUGAGGAUUUUGGUGCGGAGUUGGACAGCCGUCGAGCGAUGGACAAAUACCUGGCGGUGGUCGUGGAAUCCUACUCGCUGCUGCUGCUUGGCGUCUGUGUGUUGCUCGUGACACGCGCCGUAACCAGCAAGGACUCAGUGGAGUCGGCCCUUAUGAUGGUGCUCGAUGUCGCUGGGCUGCUGUACCUCAGCUGUGCUGCCGCUGUUUUGGAGCUGUUCGAGCAGUCGACGCGAGUUCGUGCAAGUGGUGCGCUAGCAGGUUUCUUUGUCAUUGUGUGGAGUUCCGAGCUAGGAGCGUUCCUUACCGAGCGCCUUCUGAAGACAGUGCAGUUCCCGUGGAUGCAUCCGAUCUCGAAGCACGUGUCGUCACAGCAGAACCUCGAGAAGUUGCUUGGGGAGAUUGGCUUCGCCGUUGGCGCGACGUUUGCUGCUGCCAAUUUCGUCGAGUUUGACAUGAACACGGACUUCGUGGCGCUGGCGAGCGCAGGCGCGGUGGCGUGCGCGCAUGUGGCAAAGCUUUUCCUCGUGAGUCUCAAGAAGAUCGCCAAGAUCUCGAAAACUGGAUCGUAUCUACGUGUUGGCGACGGUGUUCUCGACCGCCUCGACACGCUGCUCUUUAUGGCCGUGGUGUUUGCCCCAUUCUUCCAGCGUGGCGUCUACAACCAGCCGCAGUGGUGA